AUGUCGUCUCGUUCAUCACAAAGUGAAGGUCAACAUCAAACGCCACAGGAACUAUUAUGUAACAAUUUUAAGGAGGUUAUUUGCGAUCUUUUAAACUACUUGAACGGAGUGGGUAAUACUAAUGGAAAUCACGAUGUUGAUUUGGACUACGCUACGUACCGGCUAGACUGGCUUAUUUCUUUGUGUACAAGGUUUGGAGAUUAUUUCGAAAAAGAAGAAACCUUCCUGGGAUAUCUACUCGAGGCCCAAGAAUUGCUAUUUGCUAGAAAUAGAAGCGACAGCCAACAUAUUUUUAGUUUUGAACCAGAAAAUGAGACUGAUCCAUGUAAUUCUAUUCGUUCUAGUGGAAGACCAAGACUUAAAAUCCCAAAAGAACAAAUUGAAUUAUUUUUGGAUUAUGGUUUUAAAGCCACAGAUAUAGCCAAAAUGCUGUGUGUUAGUGUCAAAACUAUUCAUCGAAGACUCCAUGAAUACAAUUUGUCUAUUAAAAAGUCUUAUGCCAGUUUGAGUGACGAGGAACUUGACAACAUUGUCACGGAAAUCAGUUCGCAGUUUAAAAACUGUGGCUACAAAUCGAUGCGAGGUCAUCUUCUCGCAAGAGGUUUCAAGUUGCAAGAGGAAAGAGUUAGACAGUCUAUGAGAAGGACUGACCCGGAGGGUACUUUUGUGCGAGCUCUUCAAUUAAAGGUUACCCACAGGAGAGUAUACAAUGUGCGAGGCCCUCUUGCACUAUGGCAUAUUGAUGGAAAUCAUAAAUUAAAAAGGUAUUAAAUAUGCUAUAUCAGUUUCAGUCUCACAGAGUAGAUACUUUAUGUAGUCUCUUCUCUGUGUCAGUCUCCAGUGGGGCACAUUUACAAGAAAUUAAAUUAAAGCUUGUAUGGGGGGGGGGCAUAUUUUCUUAGACUUUUUCCCCUUCUCCCCUUUGGGUGUGUGAAAUUCCCACUUCUUUGUUGUUUUUUUUAAAUUUAUAAAUUUUGAAAUUUAUGAGCUUCAAACCUAAUUCAACUGCUAAUGAAAACCCAUUGUUACAUUUUUACAAAAUUAAUGGGUACUGUUUGUGCAUGAAUAUAAAAUGCUUGUAGUAAAUGUGUCUACUGUACUAAUCAUCAUGACAUAAGUAGAUUUAUUUAAUGCUGCUGUAUGGUCACAUGUCAGAGUUUGGCCAGUCGACUCAGUCUGUGUUGGUACAAGUAGAAAAACACAAUAGGAUGCAUUGUCUAAUUUUAUUACAGAAGAUAACAAAUGUUAUUAAGAUUCAACCAUAUUUCUAUACUUACUGUCGUUUAGGUGGAAAAUCAUUAUUCAUGGUGGUAUAGACGGAUAUUCAAGAAAAGUAAUGUUUAUGGCAUGCAGCGGGAAUAAUAAGUCGGCAACAGUUUUAAGUCAUUUUGUCAAAGCAGUGGAGCAGCAUGGUUUACCAUCCCGUGUCCGUGCAGAUCAAGGGACAGAAAACGUGGGUGUGGCACAAUACAUGUUCAACCAUCCAGCUAGGGGCCCAGGAAGAGGGAGCUUUAUCACUGGUCCAAGUGUUCACAACCAGAGGAUAGAACGAUUGUGGAGGGAUCUUUUUGUUGGUUGUCUUUAUAUUUAUUACUCUGUGUUCUUCUACAUGGAAGAAGCAGGUUACUUAGAUGUAAGUGAUGCAGUGCAUAUGUUCUGUUUGCACUAUGUAUUUAUUGAAAAAAUAAACAAACAUCUUGGUCACUUUGUCAAUGGAUGGAAUGAUCAUUCCAUACGAACAGCACAAAACCGAACACCGAACCAGCUUUGGAUAAGAGGCUUGUUGAACAUUUCUGCAAGUAAUGACUUAGCAGCACAAAGGAUUCAAAAUCAACCAUCCCUGGUAUGUGAAUUUCCAUGUGAAAAUUGUUUUCAUUAAGUUAAGAACCCUACAUGGAUGUACUGUAGCUGGCAUAUUGAAAAAAUACAUAUACUCUUUUUAUUAUCAAUAGUGGUCUGAGUAUGGAAUAGAUACAGAAGAUCAUUCAUUACAUCUGGAAACAGAUUUUGAAGUUGAUGAAGACGAUGUAAUUCAACCCAUUUCUAACAGUGAAUUAAUGGAGUUAAAAGACAAGAUCAACCCACUUCAAGAUGAUGAUUCAUUUGGCAUCAACACAUACAUACAAGUAUGCCUAUUCGUAACAGAAAAACUUCACCAAUCAGCCUUACAGUCCCCAUCAUAA